CCGGCGGGGCGCGCAGACUUCCUCAUUCCCGCGGGACCCCCUCUCGCCGCCGGCCGGGCCUGGGGCCCAGGUUCGGGGCCCAAGCGGGCCUGGCGGGAGUUCCUGGGCGCGCCGGGUCCGGGCCGGGAGGCGGGGCUGAGGGAUUCUGGAUGCGGGACCCGGGUACCGGAUGGAGGAUGGCGGAGACCCCCUCGAGCCUCUUCCCCUCUGGGGGCGACCUGGACUCCAGCCAGUUGCAUAUGGAGCCCGAUGAGUUGGACACUCUGAGGGAGGGAGAGGACCCAGCUGACCGGAUGCACCCCUUUCUGGCCAUCUACGACCUGCAGCCUCUGAAAAUGCACCCCUUGCUGUUCGCCCCUGGGGUCCCCGUCACGGCCCAAGUGGUGGGCACUGAAAGAUACACCAGUGGAUCUAAGGUGGGGACCUGCACCCUGUAUUCUGUCCGCUUGACGCAUGGCGCCUUUACCUGGACGACCAAGAAGAAGUUCCGUCAUUUCCAGGAGCUGCAUCGGGACCUCCUGAGACACAAAGUCUUGAUGAGCCUGCUCCCUCUGGCGCGCUUUGGUGUGGCCCACCCUCCAGCCCAGGAGGCCACCAACCGAGAGAUACCCUCUCUGCCCCGAGUGGGUCCCGAGGGCUCCACCAGACAUGCGUCCAGCAAACAGAAGUACCUGGAGAAUUACCUCAACCGCCUCCUGACCAUGUCUUUCUACCGCAACUACCACGCCAUGACAGAAUUCCUGGAAGUCAGUCGGCUGUCCUUUAUCCCAGACCUUGGCUCCAAAGGACUGGAAGGAGUGAUCCGGAAGCGCUCCGGGGGCCACAGAGUUCCUGGCCUCACGUGCUGUGGCCGAGACCAAGUUUGUUACCGCUGGUCCAAGAGGUGGCUGGUGGUGAAGGACUCCUUCCUGCUGUACAUGUGCUUGGAGACGGGCACCAUCUCCUUUGUUCAGCUCUUUGACCCUGGCUUCGAGGUGCAGGUGGGGAAAAGGAGCACAGAGGCGCGCUACGGGGUCAGGAUCGACACCUCCCACCGGUCCCUGAUUCUCAAGUGCGGCAGCUACCGGCAGGCGCGGUGGUGGGGCCAGGAGAUCACCGAGCUGGCCCAGGGCCCAGGCAGAGACUUCAUACAGCUACACCAGCAUGACAGCUAUGCCCCGCCCCGGCCCGGGACCCUGGCCCGGUGGUUUGUGAAUGGGGCAGGUUACUUUGCUGCCCUGGCAGAUGCCAUCCUACGAGCUCAAGAGGAGAUUUUCAUCACAGAUUGGUGGUUGAGUCCUGAGAUUUACCUGAAGCGUCCGGCCCAUUCAGAUGACUGGAGACUUGACAUUAUGCUCAAGAAGAAGGCGGAGGAGGGUGUCCGUGUGUCCAUCCUACUGUUUAAGGAAGUGGAGUUGGCCUUGGGCAUUAACAGUGGCUAUAGCAAGAGAGUUCUGAUGCUGCUGCACCCCAACAUAAAGGUCAUGCGCCACCCGGACCAGGUGACCCUGUGGGCCCAUCACGAGAAGCUCCUGGUCGUGGACCAAGCAGUGGCCUUCCUGGGGGGGCUGGACCUCGCCUACGGCCGCUGGGAUGACCUGCACUACCGCCUGACUGACCUCGGGGACCCCUCUGGACCAGUGGCCCCACAGCGUCCCACCCUGGGCUCCGACACUCCAGGAAGCCCAGACCUCUCGCAAAACCAACUCUUCUGGCUGGGCAAAGACUACAGCAAUCUUAUCACCAAGGACUGGGUGCAGCUGGACCGGCCUUUUGAGGAUUUCAUUGACAGGGAGACCACACCGCGGAUGCCGUGGCGGGAUGUUGGGGUGGCCGUGCACGGUCUCCCCGCCCGGGACCUGGCUCGGCAUUUCAUCCAGCGCUGGAACUUCACCAAGAUGACCAAGGCCAAGUACAAGGUACCCAUGUACCCCUACCUGCUGCCCAAAUCCAGCAGCACAGCAGACCAGCUCCCCUUCACGCUCCCAGGGGGGCAGUGCGCCACGGUGCAGGUCUUGCGCUCUGUGGACCGCUGGUCAGCAGGGACUUUGGAGAAUUCCAUCCUCAAUGCCUACCUGCACACCAUCAGGGAGAGCCGGCACUUUCUGUAUAUCGAGAAUCAGUUCUUCAUUAGCUGCUCAGAUGGGCGGACCGUUCUCAACAAGGUGGGCGAUGAGAUUGUGGACAGAAUCCUGAAGGCCCACAAACGCGGGCAGUGCUUCCGAGUCUACGUGCUUUUGCCCCUGCUGCCCGGUUUUGAGGGUGACAUCACUACAGGUGGUGGGAACUCCAUCCAGGCCAUUCUGCACUUCACCUACAGGACCCUGUGCCGUGGGGAAUAUUCGAUCCUACAUCGCCUCAAAGCAGCCAUGGGGACAGCGUGGAGAGACUAUAUAUCCAUCUGUGGGCUUCGCACCCACGGUGAGCUGGGCGGGCACCCGGUCUCAGAGCUGAUCUAUAUCCACAGCAAGAUGCUCAUCGCCGAUGACCGGACAGUCAUCAUUGGCUCCGCCAACAUCAAUGACCGCAGCUUGCUAGGGAAGCGGGACAGUGAGCUGGCCGUGCUGAUCGAGGACACAGAGAUGGAGCCAUCCCUCAUGGAUGGCAGGGACUAUCAGGCGGGCAGGUUUGCCUUGAGUUUGCGGAAGCAUUGCUUCAGUGUGAUUCUUGGGGCAGAUGCCCGGCCAGACCUGGAUCUCCGAGACCCUGUGUGUGAUGACUUCUUCCAGCUGUGGCAAGACACAGCUGAGAACAAUGCCAACAUCUAUGAGCAGAUCUUCCGCUGCCUGCCAUCCAAUGCCACGCACUCCCUGCGAGCACUCCGCGAGUACGUGGCCGUGGAGCCCCUGGCCACGGUCAGCCCACCUCUGGCCAGGUCUGAGCUCACCCAGGUCCAGGGCCACCUGGUCCACUUUCCCCUCAAGUUCCUGGAGGAUGAGUCUUUGCUGCCCCCCCUGGGGAGCAAGGAAGGCGUGAUGCCCCUUGAAGUGUGGACAUAGCGGCGGCUCCUGCCCGGGACAGCUUACCAGCUGCCGGGCUCCACCGAGGCUGGCUCCCUGCCCCAGCCCCGAGGACGGAGGGCAGUGCCCUCUGAGACCCAGGGCUGGCAGGCAGGCCUGAAGGGGACUAGAGAAGUCACAGCAGCGGACCGUCCCUUGGGAAACAGCCAGAAGAGGACGCUCCCGACCCCGGGCUGGGGAGGCGGGAGAGUCCCGGAGAAAUCUCCCUGCUGCCCGGCUGAAACCACUGUUCUGGAGAAGCAGACCUCCGGCUGGCCCUCCCGAAAGCCUGGGGAAGCCUGUCCCUGCAGGAGGAGGCCGGCUCUGCCCUGGGCCUUCCAUCGCUCCCUUCCUCCUCCUGCCCUUGAACCCCUCCCACCCCACGGCCUCUUCAGGCCCAUCACUGCCAAGAUGGAGGGAAGGAUGAAGCCUCUCCCGGCUUCGGCCCCCACGGUGGGGAGGGCAGGGUGGGGCGCACACUAACUCCCCCCCACCCCCACCUACAGACAGACACUAGCUUUGUAUCCGUUCAAUAAGCAUUUCAUAAAUAAAGGCAUAGAAGAGGUCCCUGCCUCUUCCUUGGCCAA